AUGGCUCCUCCUAGCGUUUUGAUGGUCGGCACCGGCGAAUACACCACCGGCUUUGUUGGCGGUGGUGCGUCCGGAUCAGACAAGAAGGUGGGUGUAGUAGGCCUGUCCCUCUUUGACCUCCGCCGACGAGGCAAGGUUGGUGAUCUGAGCAUGGUCGGCGUGUCCGGCAAGAAGUUCCCCGGAAUUCGCGACCACCUGCACCGCAACAUCUCACAAGUCUACAACAACCUUGAUACCUCUUUCGCCUCGUUCCCAGCAGAUGAUCAAACCGACCCGGACGCCUACAAGACCGCAAUCGACGCUCUGCCCCGCGGAUCUGCCAUCACAAUCUUCACUCCCGAUUCAACCCACUAUCCCAUUGCUCUAUACGCCAUUGAGCGUGGCCACCAUGUGCUUAUUACCAAGCCCGCAACCCAGCGCCUCGGAGACCACCUCUCUCUAGUCGAGGCUGCUCGCAAGCACGGCGUAUUCGUCUUCAUCGAGCACCACAAGCGAUUUGACCCCGCGUACUCUGAUGCGCGCGCCAAAGCCAAGACCCUCGGUGACUUCAAUUAUUUCUACAGUUAUAUGAGCCAGCCGAAAAGCCAGCUCGAGACCUUCAAGGCCUGGGCCGGCCGUGAUUCAGAUAUCUCUUACUAUCUGAACUCCCACCACAUCGAUGUCUGCGAGAGCAUGGUCCCCGACUACAAGCCUGUGCGCGUCACAGCGACUGCAUCUCAGGGUACCGCUGCGGCUCUGGGAUGUGUGCCCGAGACCGAGGAUACCAUCACUCUUCUGGUAGAGUGGCGUCGCCGAGACGAUCCCUCAAAGAUCGCCACUGGUGUUUACACCGCUAGCUGGACGGCCCCUCAGAACGCAGGCGUUCACUCAAACCAGUACUUCCACUACAUGGCCGCCAACGGUGAGAUCCGUGUGAACCAGGCCAAGCGUGGUUACGAAGUUACUGGGGAUGACCAGGGACUCAUUCACUUCAACCCAUUCUACAUGCGCUACGCCCCUGAUGAGGAAGGAAACUUCAGCGGACAGACUGGCUACGGCUACAUCAGUUUCGAGAAGUUCAUCGAUGCCGUGACUGCCGUCAACGAGGGACGGGUGACUCUUGAUCAACUCGAUGCUCGCCCUCUACCCACUCUGCGGAACACGAUUGCCACUACAGCUAUCUUGGACGCUGGUCGCAAGUCUCUUGACGAGAGACGUCCUGUGGAAAUCACCUCUGAGGGAGACAAGUGGGAAUUGAAGUAA